AUGCAGCCAACCUACAACAACAUUCUUGGUGGAAUAAAAGAAAUACUUGCGGCCGCCGUAUUGUGCUGUGGCUGCAGAUGGUCUGCGCUGCGGAGUGGAGCCACAGCGAGGUCCUGCCUGCCUGAGGCCGAGGCCGUGCGGACAGCCCGGGGAGCCAGCGCCACCAGGUCGGUUCAGGAGGCAAAACCUUCAACUGAGGACUUGGUAGAUAAGAAGGAAGGAGAAUACAUAAAACUCAAAGUUAUUGGACAGGAUAGCAGUGAGAUUCAUUUUAAAGUGAAAAUGACCACACAUCUCAAGAAACUUAAAGAAUCUUACUGUCAAAGACAGGGAGUUUCAAUGAAUUCACUCAGGUUUCUCUUUGAAGGUCAGAGAAUUGCUGGUAACCACACUCCAAAAGAACUGGGAGUGGAGGAAGAAGAUGUGAUUGAAGUUUAUCAGGAACAAACAGGGGGUCACUCAAGGAUUUAGAUAUUCUUUUUAUUUUUUUCUUU